CAACGCCACACCGUGCACAAUCAAUUGCAUUAUCGCUCCGCUUAAUUUAUUUAAAUACAUGCUAAGUUAACCAAUUAAUGGUUUAAGAAACAUGGCCACGGAAUCGACAGCCAUGGACUGUGCGGAGAGCACUGAAAAUCCAGCGGAGGAAGCCCAAGAAACAGCUACGGAGCUGGAACAAGAAGCCGGCUCCCUUGCGGUGGCAGAAAAAACCAGUGCAUGUUCCACUGUGCCGGAAAAAAAGGAGGGAGAAGCUGCAGAAGAUGUGGAAAUGCAGGACCUGACACUCGAGGAUCCAGCUCCCAGUAGUCCCUUGGGUUCAACCGAAGUAACCAGCGAGGAGGGAAAGGAAGCGUUGGUGGAGGGCAAGGAGGUGGAGGAGCAACCCAAGGACGAUGAGGCCAAAGAAAGUAUUUCUAUCGAUAUUCCCAGCAGUCCAGUGCCAGAUGCAGAGCCGGAAAAUGCAGACGAAGCCACUGAUAAGCCUCCAUUAGAGGUGGAUUCGGACAGCAGUGUGGAGCUCAUCGAGAGUCCUGGUCCAGUGAAGUCCCCUGCCUCCAACGGCACGGCUGAGGACCAGGAAAAGUCAGACAGCACUGAAAAACCUUCAGAAACAGAGGCCAAGGAGGGCGAGGAUUUGGCGGACAGCAGCAUCGAACUCAUCAGCAGUCCCACCUCGGAAAGUUCUCCCGGGAAAGAAGUGGAAAACAGGGAACAAGAGGAGCAGAAGGAGCGGCUGGAUUCAGAUGAUCAUAAAGAGCAAACAAACCUGCUGCCCAUAAUGGAUGUGGAUCAAGGGGAAUCCUCAAGACCUUCAGCAGAUAAAACCGAAGAAAUGGUUUGUGAGGAAAAACCCAAAGAGUCCGCAGAUCAAAGCAUGCAUACACCCAUGGAAAUUGAGGUACAACCCAGUGCAAAUAUAAAGGAUGACAUCCUGGAAGUGGAGCUGGAGAAGCCCACUGUUGCAAAGGAACCACAAGAUGAGCCGCUAAGCGAACUGCCUUCGGAUGGGGACAUCUUCUACGGCAAGGACUGCAUCAACUGCAACUGCAAGCGACUGCACAAGCAAUACGUGCUGACCAACAUGGCCACGUUGAACUUCUACAAGGUGGCCCGCAAGACAUCCAAGCAGCAGUUCCUCUGCAUGGGCUGCCACGACACCGCCAUGGAUUUGUAUGAGGAUUAUGCCGGUCAUUUGGUGGCCAAGCAACCGCUGCUACUGAAGGAUUUCGACCAGGACCACGCCGAUUUUGUGGCUCUGGACAGCAGCGACGAGGAGGAAGAGGAGAAGCCGCCAGAAAAAUCAGAUUUCUCUAAAACCGAACUGCAACUGAUUGAGGAUGAGCUCGAGGAUGCCAUCAAGAGUGUGCUGCACAAAGUGGAGUUCAAGAAUCAGCUCUCCUGGUCAAAGACCAUCCUGCAGGCCAAGGCGGAUCGCUUGGAGCGCCAGUUUGCCCUGGCAGAUGCGGAAUUUGAAAAGGUCCAGAGCACCGCGGACAAGAUGCACUGCGCCCUGUACAAUUCCUGCCCGGUGGUGCACAAACAUCUGCCACCGCUGGAAAUCGAAGCCAUCGCGACGGACUACGUGCACCAUGUCCCGCCUGCUGGCGAAAUUGUGCGGCCACCCAUUCAGUUGGGUGAGACCUAUUACGCGGUGAAGAACAAGGCCAUUGCCAGCUGGGUGUCCAUUAAAGUGAUCGAGUUCACCGAGAGCACCGCCAUCAACGGCAACACGAUGAAGAGCUACAAGAUUAGGUACCUCAACACGCCCUACCAGAUGAUCAAAACGGUGACGGCCAAGCACAUUGCCUACUUUGAGCCGCCGCCAGUGCGCCUCACCAUUGGCACUCGCGUGAUCGCCUACUUCGACGGAACCACUUUGUCGCGUGGCAAGGAGAAGGGCGUGGUGCAGAGCGCCUUCUAUCCGGGCAUCAUCGCCGAGCCACUGAAGCAGGCCAAUCGCUACCGCUACCUGAUAUUCUACGACGAUGGCUACACGCAGUAUGUGCCGCACCGCGAUGUCCGGCUCGUUUGCCAGGCCUCCGAGAAGGUGUGGGAGGAUGUGCAUGCCGGUUCGCGGGACUUCAUCCAGAAGUACGUGGAGAAGUACUCGGUGGACCGGCCCAUGGUGCAGUGCACCCGCGGCCAGAGCAUGAACACCGAGUCGAACGGCACCUGGCUGUACGCCCGCGUCAUCGACAUCGACUGCAGCCUGGUGCUGAUGCAGUUCGAGGGCGACAAGAACCACACGGAGUGGAUCUACAGGGGCUCCCUGCGCCUGGGUCCGGUCUUCAAGGAGACCCAGAACACCAUGAACAGUGCCAGUUCGCAGCAGAUGCGAGUGCCAAGGCGCACGGAGCCCUUCAUUCGCUACACCAAGGAAAUGGAGUCCAGCAGCCAGGUGAAUCAGCAGAUGCGUGCCAUUGCCCGCAAGAGCAGCUCCUCGGGGCAGAGUGCAGCCACGGCCACGCCCGUGUCCUCGCCAGCUACCCUUUCUGGAGGGCGCUCCACUCUCGGAAGCGCCAGCAGCAGCAGUGCCAGCAACAACGCCAGUGCCGUGCGCCACCUCAACAACUCCACCAUCUACGUGGACGACGAGAACAGGCCCAAGGGCCACGUAGUCUACUUCACGGCCAAGCGGAACCUGCCGCCCAAGAUGUACAGGAGCCACGAGUGCAACCCCAACUGCCUGUUCAAGAUCGUGCACCGCCUGGACAGCUACAGUCCGCUGGCCAAGCCACUGCUCUCCGGCUGGGAGCGGCUUGUCUACCGCCAGAAGACCAAGAAGUGCGUGGUCUACAAGGGGCCUUGUGGCCGGAGCCUGCGCAACCUGGCCGAAGUGCACAUCUAUCUGCGUGCCACCGAGAAUGUGCUGAACGUGGACAACUUUGACUUUACGCCGGACUUGAAGUGCCUGGCUGAGUACUCGAUCGAUCCCUCGAUCGUCAAGGAUACGGACAUAUCCAAGGGGCAGGAGAAGAUGGCCAUUCCGCUGGUCAACUACUACGACAACACACUGCCACCGCCGUGCACUUACGCCAAGCAGCGCAUUCCCACCGAGGGCGUGCACCUGAAUCUGGACGACGAGUUCCUCGUGUGCUGCGACUGCGAGGAUGAUUGCUCGGACAAGUCGAAGUGCGCCUGCUGGCAACUGACCGUGACCGGUGUAAGGUACUGCAAUCCCAAGAAGCCCAUCGAGGAGAUCGGCUACCAGUACAAGCGGCUGCACGAGCACGUGCCCACCGGCAUCUACGAGUGCAACUCGCGCUGCCGGUGCCGCAAGAACUGCCUGAACCGGGUCGUUCAGUUCUCGCUGGAGAUGAAGCUGCAGGUGUUCAAGACCUCGAACCGGGGAUGGGGCCUGCGCUGCGUGAACGACAUCCCCAAGGGCGCCUUCAUCUGCAUCUACGCCGGCCACCUGCUCACCGAGACGAUGGCCAACGAGGGCGGGCAGGAUGCGGGCGACGAGUACUUCGCCGACCUGGACUACAUCGAGGUGGCCGAGCAGCUGAAGGAGGGCUACGAGUCCGAGGUGGACCACUCGGAGCCGGACCCGGAGGAGGACAACGGGGGGCCCGAUGCCGAGGACGACGACGACUUUCGGCCCAACUAUCACUACCAGCGGAAGAGCAAGCGCACCUCCAGGAGCAGCUCCACGCAGAGCAGCGAGCUGGACUCACAGGAGCGAGCGGUGAUCAACUUCAACCCCAAUGCGGAUCUGGACGAGACGGUGCGGGAGAACUCGGUGCGCCGGCUGUUUGGCAAGGAUGAGGCGCCCUACAUUAUGGAUGCCAAGACCACGGGCAAUCUGGGACGCUACUUCAAUCACUCGUGCAACCCCAAUCUCUUCGUGCAGAACGUGUUCGUGGACACCCACGACCUGCGCUUCCCCUGGGUGGCCUUCUUCUCGGCCUCGCACAUCCGAUCCGGCACUGAGCUGACCUGGAACUACAACUACGAGGUGGGCGUGGUGCCCGGCAAGGUGCUCUAUUGCCAGUGCGGCGCCCCCAACUGUCGCAUCCGUUUGCUCUAAGUCUAGUUAUACAAUACGUUUAAGCUCCUUAUUAAAAGAAACCCAUUUGAAUUGCAA